AUGGAGCUAAGUAACUCGAUCACGGAGAAGAAAAAUCUACAGGUCGAAAUUUUUCUCAAAUUUGCUUCCAAUGUGGGCUCCGGCGAUGUUGGGCGACGAGUGCUGACUUUCAAUGAUUUUGUGAGAAUGAUUUCGGGCUCGAAGGCCCUGUACUCGAAAUUUACAGACCACUCUUACAAUUUGAAUCAAAUUCCAGACCAGGCGUUUGGAUGCAUCUUUUUCGCCAUUGACGAGAACAACAAGGGCUAUUUGACGUUAAAUGACUGGUUUCAUUUCAAUAACUUACUGGAAUGCGAUAACUAUCAUCUGAUCAUCUUGUAUGAGUUUUUUCGAAAAUUUGACAUUGCUAGGCUCAAAAACCGCGGUGCAGAAACUUCGGGUCAACUUGACAAGAGAUCCAGUGAUCGUGCAGACGAUCCAAGAAUCAAGCCAGUCAAUUAUGGUAGUCCUUUUUUGAGUUACGACAGCCUGUAUCUGAAUCUUGAUCAGUUCAAAGACACGAUCAAGCUACUUCAUGAGGCGGUAGACAACAACUUUCUCAUUUGUAACCGAAUUUUGCUCAAUUGGGAUGAGUUCAGGUGGCUGAAAUUCUAUCAAACGUUUCCCUACAGUAAAAGUGAAGGUCCCUACAUCAGCCUCAACUCUCUGGUAACAAUUUUGCAAAGCGAUCUGAAGAAUGAAAAGCUCUACCUAGGGUUUGAGAGGCUGUCACACCUCAAUCACAGAAACAACGCUCUCGUGCUCAAUAAAAACCAGCUCGUUUACCUGUUGAAAAUAUUCUACUCUCACAAAAUAUCCGCGGAUGUUUUCAACUCUCUGAAUUUGUCGAAUACGCGACUGAUAAAAUCCGACAACAACUACAUCAAUUACAACGUUUUCAAGGACGUUUUCUUUUUGUUCCAGAAUUUUGAUUUACUCAACCAGGUGUUCAUGAGAUAUGCCAAGACGCACAACUUCGAUGAUCAGGAUCUAAGAGAGUGUGUAAUCUCGAAAGAAGACCUCAAAAAUUUCUUGAGCGUGGAAUACAAUAAGGUCAAUAACAUAGUGGAAUUCUCACCCUCUCAAAUUAACCUCCUGUUCUCCAUCGUCGCAAACUCGAAGAGGAGCAAGAUGAUUGAAAAGAAUCUAAAUACUCACCACGAGGACACAGCUAUCGAAAGUUUCAUUCAGAACGAGUUUUGCAACGGAUCCAGCAGGCGCAGACAAAACAUGAGAAAUUUCAACAAUAACUAUCGUGAGGUGAUAGGUGGAAUGUCUGGUGAGCUCGAUAAUGUAAAGCAGCAACGUCAACACUCCUCAUCAAGCUUGUUGGACCGUCUUCUCAAUCAAAAGGAAAAGGGAGAGGGCUUCUCGGAGCUUGAUCUAACCAUCGAUGAUUUCUUAAAGAUUUUGAAUCCUAAUUAUCUCAAUGACCUCGUUCACCAAAUGGAGAUACGUCGGAUCCAGAAUGAAUCCCUAUACACAAACUUUUACUUUUUCCCUAUUUUCGAUUCCAUCUACAAUUUUUUGCUGGGUUCGAUCGCUGGAUGUAUUGGAGCCACGGCUGUUUACCCAAUUGAUUUGGUGAAAACUCGGAUGCAAGCCCAGAGGAACUUUUCUCAAUACAAGAACACUUUUGACUGCUUUUACAAAAUUUUUACUCGUGAAGGAAUUCGUGGCAUAUAUUCAGGUUUGGGUCCACAGCUUGUGGGCGUAUCACCUGAAAAAGCUAUCAAAUUGACAGUCAACGAUUAUGUACGCCGAAAGCUCAUGGACAGCAACCACCAUCUGUCUUUUCCAUUAGAACUUGUUUCGGGUGCAGCCGCUGGAGCCUGUCAGGUCGUGUUUACCAAUCCUCUAGAAGUGGUGAAAAUUCGAUUACAAGUAAGGUCAGAAUACGGCCCCGCUUUAGUCGAAUCGAAAGUAAACGCAAUAAGCAUAGUCAAAUUUUUGGGGUUGAAGGGCCUUUACCGUGGGGUUGGGGCUUGCCUGAUGAGGGACGUCCCUUUCUCGGCUAUUUAUUUUCCAACGUAUGCCCAUCUGAAGAGAGAUCUUUUCAACUAUGAUCCGCAGGACAAAACCAAAAGACCACGUCUUCACACAUGGGAAUUAUUGACGGCAGGCGGUUUGGCAGGCAUGCCUGCAGCUUAUUUAACAACACCAUUCGAUGUGAUAAAAACCAGAUUGCAGAUCGACCCAAGGAAAGGGGAAACCAAAUACAAUGGUAUUAUCCAUGCUGCGAAAACAAUAUUCAAAGAAGAGAGUUAUAAGAGCUUUUUCAAAGGAGGUGGGGCUAGAGUACUGAGGAGCUCACCUCAGUUUGGGUUUACUUUGGCCGCAUACGAGAUAUUUCAGAAUAUGUUUCCUCUUCAAAAUACUACGAACGAGAAGAUCAAACAAGAUAAUGAAACUCCAACGGUUACAGGCUCGUUUUCUAAAGCUCUAGCUUCUUUGAAGGAGUCAUCGCGAGAUCAUGUUGAGAUCACUGAGUUUUACGGACCAUCGGUAGAUCCUUAUAGCUCGAACUACUUGAACUAUUACUACAAGAGUUGUCGAGUAGCCAAAUUAUUUAUAGAUUUGGACUACAAUUUUGCCAAGUUUGACUUUGGAGUAUAUUCCAAGUUUCACAACUUUAUCAAAGAAGCAGAAUCCAAUCCAAAAUAG